GUCUUUGUCUCUCCUCCUCAGGCUCGGUGUCUCUCAGUUUAUUCCUGCUGUCUGUUGCGUUCGUAGUCUGUGCCGUUUGGCUGGUAGCUCUGUGUGGCGUCUGCACCUGGUGUCAACGGAAACUGGGGAAGAGGAACAAGCCGGGAGUGGAGGCUGCCAGCUCUCCAGAUUCUGUGAGAGGUCGAGGGGAAAAUAAAGCCAUCAAUGAUAUGGACAGAGACUUUUGGAAUAACAACGACAGCAGCAAUGUGCAGCAGAGGUGGAGCUCCUACCCACCCAAGGAGUUCCUCUUAAACAUGUCUCCCUAUGCUCCCUACGGAGACCCUCGCCUCACUCCCAACGGGGCUGUGGCUAAGGGUGGGCAGGGUGGUGCUGGACCCUCACCGGGUGCCAGCGACAGCGGGGGUGGCGCUUGCUCUGGUACGGGGGCAGGGCCAAGUCGCAGCAACAGCAUCCGGAGCAUGGUGUCGGGGGGCACCAAGGCCGGGCGCUGGCAGAUGGUCCAGAGCCACUUGCAUGCCGGAGGUCUGCGUCUUAGCAAUUUCGGGGACGCAUCCCUCUCGUCCGCUUCCACCCUGGAGCACAUCCCGUCCUCGGCUGUGGCCCGCCCUCGGCCCCUCGUCCGGCAGCAGAGCCUCCAACAGCCCCUCACUCACCAGCCCCCUCCGGGUCCCAACGACCCCCCGGUCACCUCGCAGAGUCUGGGCCAGCUGCACACAGGUCCGGGCGGCGGGGGCCACCGUGGGGGCCCGCGGGGGGUCCGGGGGAGUCCGGCUGGAGCCUCCCGGCAUAGAGGCACAGGGGCCGGUCGAUCACGGUCUAAUCCAGGCAGCUGGGACCACAUGAUGGAGCAGAUCCGCCACAGAGGUCUGGACGUCAAGUCAUUUCUUGAAGGGAAGAUGGUUGUUCUGUCUCUAGCAAUCGGGCUGGCUGAACAGGAUGACUUUGCCAACCUCCCGGAUCUUCAGGAGGCACCGGCGAGCAAAGAAAACGAAACCACACCAGAAAAAAGAACUCCUGGGAACAAAGCAGGCAGCAGCUCCAGGGGUCAGACCCCAGAUGAAACUGGACGCCGCCAGGGGCAGAGCCACGAAGCCAGCUCCUCUGUUUCUGACUUGGCCAACUCAGUCACCAGUGACAACAUGCUCAUGUUGUCACCGGGUUCAGAGGAAGAUGAACACGAGGGUCCGGUGCUUGAAAAACUGGGCCGAAUCCAGUUCAGUGUCGGCUACAUUUUUCAAGACUCCACCCUCACCGUCAAAAUUCUGAAAGGCCAGGAUUUACCUGCGAAGGAUUUCUCUGGUACCUCUGAUCCAUUCGUCAAAAUUUAUCUGCUGCCAGACAAGAAGCACAAGCUGGAGACCAAAGUCAAGAGGAAGAAUCUAAACCCUCACUGGAACGAGACCUUUUUAUUUGAAGGGUUUCCGUAUGAGAAGGUGGUCCAGAGGACUCUGUACCUGCAGGUUCUUGACUACGACCGGUUCAGCAGGAACGACCCAAUAGGAGAGGUGUCCAUCCCCCUCAACAAACUGGACCUGGCCAACAUGCAGACUUUCUGGAAGGAGCUGAAACCGUGUAGCGAUGGCAGUGGGAGUCGAGGGGACCUCCUGGUGUCCCUGUGCUACAAUCCCACAGCCAACACCAUCACUGUGAGCAUCAUCAAAGCACGCAACCUCAAAGCCAUGGACAUUGGAGGCACUUCUGACCCCUAUGUAAAAGUGUGGUUGAUGCACAAGGACAAACGUGUGGAGAAGAAGAAGACGGUGGUAAUGAAACGUUGUCUGAACCCUGUUUUCAACGAGUCCUUCCCCUUUGACGUGCCUGCCCACGUGUUGCGGGAGACCACCAUAAUUAUCACCGUCAUGGACAAGGACAGGCUCAGUCGCAAUGAUGUCAUUGGAAAGAUUUAUCUUUCAUGGAAGAGUGGCCCUGCAGAGGUAAAACACUGGAAGGACAUGAUAAGUCAUCCCCGAACCUCUGUGGCCCAGUGGCACUCUCUCAAAGCCUAAAGUGGCCCAGCAGCAAAACUGCCCAAAGUGUCCCCCUCCCCCUUUCCUCCCAGAAGUCAGCAUCAGCCUCUCAGCCCCUGCCCUCGGCACACACCCCCUCCUCCCUGAACGCAGCGAUGAGCUGCGGACCAUGUGUCAUCUCUUUGUUCUCAGGCCGCUUUGAUAUUUCCCCGUCCCUCACUCCUCAUGAAUCCACCCUUCGAUCUCACCUCACUGUCGAGUUCUGAUCUCAUCUUGACUCUUUCAUAUCUAUUUGUCUGAACCUAAAAACCCUCUUUGAUGUCUUCACCUCCUUGUGCCCCCCUUUCUAUUAUAUUUUCAAGAUAGCCCUCAAUCUGUCUCUCAUUGUUUCAGCCGCUCCUGCAGUCUAACAUCAGCGCAGUACCUCUUGCUGCCCAUGAAUACAAACUACCAACCAAAAAUUGAACAAACUGAUAGUCAYCACAU